AUGUCGCAGUAUUCUGGAAAGGUAAGCAGCACCUGGGUCAACCUGCAUUCACACAGCAUCAGGUUGGCUAUCACUGGGACAUAACUGACUGAACAGGGCUCCCUUGAAAUAUAGUUAUUCCGACCUCAAUGGGACUACCUGGUUAGAGAGAACUACAGUCAAUAAACACAUAGGUUUGGGAGUGUACGCAUUUACAGGUAGUUAGUGUAGAUGUGAUAAAAUUAGUUUGGAAGUGGAAAAUGUACUUUUUCUCAUACCAUCAUGAGGUUAGGUAUUGAACAAAUAAGUGUUUUUUAGUUUUUCAAUUCAACACUGUUAAUAAAAUGUGGAGGCAAUCCUUGGUGAACAUUUUAGAUUUAGAGAUUAUUCUAAUCAGAGCCAUUACUCAGUUUGUCUUGCUGGGAGAAAUACACUUAAAUCUGUUAUGGGAGUUGAAAGCGAAUUAAUGUCAUAUUGUAUCGUGAAUAUUUGGAAAAAGUUUAGAGUGUUUCUGAUUCUAGUUCUACCGUCAAUCUUUUUUUAUAUAUCUAAAAGAGCAAGCAAGGCCUAUCAAUGGCAGGUAGGGAUAAUUAGUUGGUGGCUGGCCAAUAGGAGUAGACAUAACAUAGUAUUGUAUUCAUACUGCUAGCCAACUGCUUGCCAACUCUAGUCUUCUGUUCUAGUCUUCUAUUCAUCUAUAGUUGGCUUCAGCAUAUCUACGGUACUGAUCAGUGGAGGCUGCUAACGGGAGGACGGCUCAUAAUAAUGACUGGAACGGAGCAAAUUAAAUGGCAUCAAACACAUGGAAACCACGUGUUUGAUGUUUUUGAUACCAUUCCACUAAUUCCGCUCCAGCCAUUACCACGAGCCCAUCCCUCCUAAUUAAGGUCCACCAACCUCCUGUGGUAAGGACACAAGGCUGCAUGACAAAAUGUAUUUCUCCACUGAACUGACUGCACCAUGCCAACAUAUACAAAUCCACACCUACACUCCAGUGACAAAGUAUCCACAUGUCCGUCCAGCCUCUAGCCUGGGAUCCAAAACUCUUUGCUCUGGACCAUUUCACUACAUUUGGAGUCAUGAACUGGAUACAAUAAAGUUAAAUUGAGCAAUUGAGUUUGUAUCCAAAGGCUAUCCCACCAGGACUUAGGUUCAAAUAUUAUUUGAAAUUUCUUUCAAAUACUUUAAGCAUUUGCUUUAGCCUGCCUGGGUUUGAACUUUUGGGACAUUUCUAUUGGUUACAUUGCAACAGGCAAGCUCAAUCAAGCCCAGUUAAUCUAUAAUGAUGACAAAAAGUAUCUGAACCCAGGUCUGUUGGAUCCCACGCUAUCCUACCUCCACCUCCCCACCCUAACUAAUGAACAAUGGUGUUACCCUCCUCUUCUCCACCCACCCAUCACAGAUCACCUUCUACGAGGGAAAAUGCUUCACUGGCAGGCAGCUGGAGGUCAGGGGCGACUGCGAUAACUUCCAGGACCGUGGCUUCAUGAACCGCGUCAACUCCAUCCGUGUGGAGAGCGGCGCCUUCUGCUGCUUCGAUCACCCCGACUUCAAGGGACAGCAGUACAUCCUGGAGCACGGUGAAUACCCCGAGUUCCAGCGUUGGAACAGCCACAACGACCACAUGGGCUCCUGCAAGCCCAUCAAGAUGGUGAGAGAUGGGGUUAAGGGUUAAGAAUUGAAAGGAUAGGAGUUAGGGAUUAAGGGGAGUGCUAGUGAGGAUGAUGAGAGGUUGAAGUUAUAGAGCCAUUUUUUACUUUAACUAAAAAAUACUUCAGAUCAAUAAGGGGGAUGAAUGACCAAAGCACAGUUUGGGUGUAGUGUCUGUCAUCUUCUUCAUUAUAACAGUAUUCCUAUAUUUGACUUGAAGAACUUGUGUUAACUCCUCUCCUCUCCUGUGUCCUGCAGCACGGUGAGCACUACAGAAUGGAGCUGUUCGAGGCCUGUAACUUCUCCGGCCAGUGUGUGGAGAUCUGUGACGACUGCCCCUUCCUGCAGAGCCGUGGCCUCAGCAAGAACUGCAUCAACUCCAUCAAGGUCUAUGGAGAUGGAGCGUAAGUAGCGCCCCUCUAGUGUCAGACUGCAAUCACACACACACAUGCACUGACAAACACACAGGCACUGACAAACACACACACACAUGCACUGACAAACACACAGGCACUGACAAACACACACACACAUGCAGGGGCGCACAAAAACAGACACACACAGCAAUUGUCAAAACGCAGUGAUAAAUUCAUAGUGAUUAAACUUUUGGAUCUAUUUUUGUUGAGCCAAGAUAUCUAAUCUUUUAGCAUAUGUAAUGGUGUUAAUUAAGUUGGCGCAUAAUUAGAACACAUGCCAACGAUCUUGCUGGUAAAUCAUAGACACUGCUGAAUUUCUAAAUAACUUUAACACCACUAUUCACACCUGUGGUCACAACUGUUAUUUUCCAGGAGGGAGUUCAAUAUUAAAGGGGAAGUUCUGGAUUUUACAACUUGAUGUUAGAUGGCUCCUCACCCUGAACAUAGUCAAUUUAUUUUAAAAAGACCAAGUCACCUUUAAGUAACAUCAAACCACAUGUGUAGUUGAUUUGAGCUGAUUUCAGUUGAUUUGAUGAUAUAGGUUUCUGUAAUUGAUUAAUUUAUUCAUUGUAUGGACAGAGUAUAGCUAUUAGCGAACACACAAUACAUUUCUAUACUUUACUUAAUAACGAUUACAUAAUUACAUCUUACAUAUUAUUAAAUGACACACAUAGAUAUAUUUACUGUCGUUCCAUCUGCUCUAACAGUGUGUGAAGUGAGCAGGUGUGUGACCAUUUCUAACCUGUGUGUGUUUCCUUCUGUAGCUGGGUGAUGUAUGAGGAGCCUAACUUCCGCGGCCGUAUGUACAUCGUGGAGAGAGGAGACUACUGCAGUCACAAUGAGUGGCAGGCACAGAACCCCAACAUCCAGUCCAUCCGUAGGGUGGUCAACUACUUCUAA